AGCACUAAUAAUCGUGCCGUGUUAUUGAUCAUUUGAAACAUUAUUUUGGCAAUAACAUUGGAUACAGUUAUAACCAGAUAAAGGAGAGCAAACUAUCAUACCUUCGGCUCGCAUACUGCUUGAGAAUGAAACACAUAAUGGUUUUCAGCACAACAGAAGUGGCGUAACUCCAGGGAAAGUACAGUAGUCAGAAUUAUCGGCAAAUAUGGUAAGCUGCAUUGUUUGUCCCUGUGUACAAUACUGAAAUUUCACAAUAUUCCGUUUGGGACUUCCACAGGAAUCGCGCUAACAAACAAGCGAACAGAGGGGAAAACUUCAAAAUUCAAAAGAAGCAUACCGCAAAACGUUCUUAAAUUCUUAAAAAUAGUUUAAGGUAGUGUGCUAGCAACUGUUUCAGAAGCAUAUCUAAUCUUUGCAAAACUACUAAGUCCUUAGUAAAAGUGUAAAAAAAAGAGUAUCGUCUCUACUAUCUAACAGGUCAGUGACAUUUUUAUCAUCUGUAAUACACUCCGAUGGCCUUAACAAUGCAGUAUAUUCCUUAUAGAAUGAUGAGGAAAAAUAUGGAUUCAUAUGUGAGAUUUGUUUUACUCUACCUUGAUAUUCCCUUAAGGUACUGUGAUGAAAACUGAAAUAUGAUACUGGUAAGCAAAUUACGGCCACAUAAAUCGUUGUACCUAUAUGCUCUGAAAUGAAGGAGUUUUUAUUUUUAACGUGUACACAAUGAUGGAAGAUGAAAUUUAAAAUACACCCAAUGCAAGAUAAUAUUUGUUUGAGACUAGAAUUAUUCAUGAAACAAUCAUUUUGUAUUUACAAUUAAAAUCAAAGUACUGAAGAACUGACGAGAGUUGAUUUUGUCCAUGUUUAUUUAUUUUAAAAUCAAUGAUGUUAUUUUGCAUGACAAGUACAUGUAGUUUCUAAUUUUUAUUUGAAUUACACACAAUUUUAUAAUAUGAAUUUUUGGACUUUUUCGACAAGAAUGUCGAGAAACCCCCAUAUGAAUCACGUUAAAUAAUAUUUAAAGAUAAAAUUAAUUCAAUCAAACUACAUUUAUGUAUCAGUAAUAGAAACAUUUCUCGAAAAUUGUAUGGAUCCAAUGCAAGCAAUAUUGAACUCUAGUCUCGUUCAACCAAACGCUCGGCUGACACCGUAAAUCUCCGAGAAGCUAGAGAGACUUUCUGCUUGUCGGAGAUUUACGGAAACAGCCGAGCGUCGAGUUGAACUAGACUAUAUUGAACUCUGGCGUAGGAAUACAUACGACUACAAAAAAUACCUAAAUUAUUCGUACUAUUUAAAAUCUAACUAUUAUUAAGGUAUUUAUAAAUAAGUUUCCUUGAAAAAUAAUGCUUUAGCAUACAUUACAUCGAAUUUAUCAAAUAUUUUCAAGAACUAAGUCUUGUCAACAGCGAUGAUUUGUGCUGAGGUCCAAACACUGUUUCACUUUCGGUUUGUCUGCGUGACUGCAUAGGAGAGUUGAUUAAAAUCAACUCCCAAAACUAGAUACAAGUUGUACUUUCAAUGCCAGCUGUGAAUUGUACGCUGUCAAUACCGUGCAUGGUUGUCUAUAUCUAGACUUACACACACAGCUGCACCCUAUGUCACUACACAGUUCACUAUCUCCUCCACAAAGGUGAUAACAUCAGGAAAUGCUGAUUACCUAGGAUUCUAGACCUGGGGUCACCUUUAUUUUCACCUGCAAAUCACCCGUGGAUCACCAGUUCACCUGUUGGGUCAACCACAAGUCAUCAGUUUCAUACUACUAUGCAAUGGAAAAGUCGUGCAAGACGAAUAUUGUACCUAUUCGUUUCCAUUGCAACGCUUAUAUCCUACCUAUGGAUGAAAGGAAAUGACUUUUUGAACGUCCCCCAUAAUUACAAAAGGGCAUACGAUGCAAUUGUGUUCCUGAAAACACACAAAACUGGCGGAUCAACCAUAACAAACGUGCUUCAACGUUUUGCAGAGUACCAUAGCUUAAAGGUCGCAUUACCAAAUAAAACAUUUGGACAACUACGUUAUAACUAUUUUGGUGACGUAGGCGAGUCUCUAUCACGUGAUCACAUUUAUGAUCCCCAUGGAAACAUGACGUUUGAUAUUUUGUGCAACCACGUGAUAUUCAGCGCUGCAGCUUUUCGGAAAGUAUUCAAGAGGAAGACGUUUUAUUUCACUAUUAUCCGGGACCCUGUGACCAAUGUGUUGUCGGCAGUGAAUUAUUUUGGGUUGACAGACGGGUAUAUCCAAAGCCUACUGAUGAAAACUAACACUUCUGUCUUCAAGUAUCUCCCUAGGUACGAGCCAAAGAAUGUGUAUUUGUCGUUUACAAACAACAGACAACUUUUUGAUCUAGGGUUUCCACCAUGGAAGAGUCCUAGGAAUCUGAUAAAUGUCAGACAGUUUAUCAGGGAACUGGAAAAUAAUUUGCAGUUUGUUAUGAUAAUGGAAUAUUUUGACGAGUCUCUAAUCAUAGUUAAACGAUUAUUGGACUGGACGUUUAAAGAUAUUUUAUACUUUCCCCAAAACAAGGGUAGGGAAAAUUUGGUCGCAAAUUUGACGGAUGGGGACAAAGGCGACAUCAUUAAUUGGAACAGAGGGGAUGGCGUGUUGUAUUCUCAUUUUUUACAAAGAUUAUUGAAAGAAAUAAAUAAAAAUGGGCCUGGUUUGAAAGACGAGGUGUCUGUGUUUCGGCAGAUUUUACGCAAAGUCUGGGAUUUUUGUGAUCUUGACGAGCAAGAUGUGAGCCUGGCGAUUGAUCGAACGCCUUGGGACCCAGGAUUCAUGUAUCGGUACGACGAGUGCGGCUUGCUCCGUCUUAAUGAACUACAAUAUCUAGAAAGAUUGUACAAAUACGCAAACAGAUAA